AUGGGAAAUACCACCAGUGUGACAUCUAUAACGCCUAAUCGUUAUGCAACAACAACAUUAUCAAAAUCGACAAAAAGUUAUCAUCAAAACUUAAAACAAUUCACCACUACCGCCAUCACGAAUGACAAAAUUAUAACAACACCGGUAAUAGAUCGUUCAUGGAAAAGACAAUUACAAAUAUUUAAUGAAACGUUUACAUUAAAAAAAUUUUCAUUAAAAACAAAAACAAUAAAUCGUACAAAGGCGGAAAAUAGUCAAAGUUUUCAUGAAUUAUUACGAACAAAAAAAUCGACAAAUGUUGCUAAUAAACAUCAACGUUUCACUAUGUGUGAUAAUAAAGAAAAUCAAAAUUAUGCAUUAGAUAUCAUAAAUCCAAUUAUUGAAUUUGAAAAAAAGACAUCAAAUUUUUAUACUCAUCAAACAAAUCAUAAACAACAUCAUUCUUCUGUUAAAAAAUCAUUCAGUCUAUUUUCACUUAAAUCACUUUCGACUGCAGGUAGUCUUACUAAACCUGUUAUAAAAAUAAAAAAUGACAAGCAGCACCAACAACACCAUCAACAUUUAUUUAAGGACAGAAUAAAUCAAGAUGAAAAUAAUAAUAAUAUUAAUAAGAGAAAAGUUGAUAUCUAUCGACGAACAAACAAAACUGAAGAAGAUGAUAGAAAUUUUUAUAAUCGUCAUUCAACUUAUAUUUUAUCAACAGCAUCAACAAAAUCUUCUCAUUUAUCAAAAUCACAAUCACAAUAUAAUAAUGUUGAAUGUAAUGAUGGUAGUAUACAUAAAACAUCAAAAACAAUUUAUUCAUUUUCAUUAGCUCAUACCAGAAAUGAAAAUAAAAAUCAAUUAAAAUCUACUCGAGAAUUAAUUCGUGCAAAGAACACGUCCUCAUCGUCAUCUUUACUAUCAACUGCAUCUUCAAAACGUUCUCUUUCAUCUUCUUCAUGCAUAAAACAUCACGAUCGUAUAAUACCAAAAAAGACAAUAAUUCAAGCAUCCACAACAGAAUUAUUACAUUGUUUUGGUAAUUAUUUAUGUCAACGAUGUGCUCAUGUAGAUUAUUUAGAUCCAUCUGAUUGUAUUCUUUGGUUAAAAUCAGCUGAUCGUUCUUUAAUUAUUCAAGGAUGGCAAGAAGAUGUAUUUAUUAAUCCGGCCAAUGUUGUAUUUGUCUAUUUAAUUGUACGAGAAACUCUUCAAUCGAUUAUACAUUAUUCACAAAUAUCCACAAUUUAUGAAUUACAGUCAAUUGUGCUAACAUGUUUAUAUUUAGCUUUUUCAUAUAUGGGCAAUGAAAUAACAUAUCCAUUAAAACCAUUUAUUAUUGAAGAUAAUCGAGAUUUAUUUUGGAAACGUGUUGUUCUAAUUAUGGAACGAAUGAGUUCGAAAAUGUUAUUAAUUAACAAGGAACCUAAAUAUUUUACAGAAAUAUUCUCAGAAUUAAAAUCAUUUUCAUUACGUUGA